UCAAGUUAUGUUGGCUUUAGAAAUUUUACUUCGAGAUGCUACCUACUUUGUUAUUGUUUCCGAUUAAAAUGUUUUUGCUUACAAUUUAAAACAAAAUAUUGUAAAACUAAAUUGAAUCUUUUUUAUCGGUACCAGGAAGUCUUAAUUUUUAGGAAAAUAUAUCAUGUCGAUGUCUCGGCCCGACCCCUUUUGACACUAUUGUCGAAAACACCGAAUUUUCAGUGAUACAAAAAGUUUUCUUAAUCUAAGUUACGUGGAAAAGGUGAAUCUUUGUCACUAAAUUUCGAUUAAUUAUUGCUAAUAGGGAGGUAGUGAGACAGUUAUUGGAUGUUCUGAAGUAUGUAAAUUCCUACAAUACCCAAGUUACUAACCGACAACAAAGGAAAACUUUUUCGUCCAAAUUGACAAGAAAUGAGCACCUCAAAAGAAAAAACGUCAGUCAAUGAACGUUUAAAGGAAUUAGAUCGGUUAGUUCUGGCUGGAGGAGACUGUAGAGGUUGGAGUAUAGACUCAUUGCUUGAUUUGUUAAUUGUACUUUACGAUGAAUGCUGCAAUUCAACUUUAAGAAAGGAGAAAAGCGUUUCAGAUUUCAUUGAAAGAGCAAAACCGUUUGCGAAACAACUGAAAGAAAGCCGACUCCAUAGAAAUGACUUUGAGUUCCUUAAAGUUAUUGGCAGGGGAGCGUUUGGGGAGGUUGCAUUGGUUCGAAUGAAGGAAAACAAGCGAGUGUUUGCGAUGAAAACACUUAAUAAAUGGGAGAUGCUUAAGAGAGCAGAGACCGCUUGUUUUCGUGAAGAACGAGACGUGCUUGUGAAGGGAAACCAGGAUUGGAUAACCAGGCUACAUUAUGCAUUUCAAGAUGAUAGCAACUUGUACUUAGUAAUGGAUUACUACGUUGGUGGGGACUUGUUAACUUUAUUAUCAAAAUUUGACGACAAACUUCCAGAAGAUAUGGCACGGUUUUAUAUCGCUGAGAUGGUACUUGCUAUCGACUCCAUACAUAAGCUUAACUAUGUGCACAGAGACAUUAAACCUGAUAAUGUUCUCCUUGAUGUGAACGGACAUAUUCGACUUGCUGACUUUGGUUCAUGUUUAAAACUUCAAAAAGAUGGAACGGUCCAAUCUAAUGUUGCUGUGGGCACCCCUGAUUAUAUUUCACCCGAGAUAUUGCAAGCUAUGGAAGAUGGAAAGGGGAGGUAUGGGUCAGAGUGUGACUGGUGGUCACUGGGGGUGUGUAUGUAUGAAAUGUUCUUUGGAGAAACUCCUUUCUACGCUGAAUCUCUUGUUGAUACCUAUGGCAAGAUCAUGAACUAUAGGGAGAAAUUUCGAUAUCCUCCCGAUUUUACGGAAGUAUCGGAUCAUGCCAAGGAUUUAAUGAGCAGACUUGUGUGUGAUGCGAGCGAGAGGUUGGGAACAAACGGCGUCGAUGAUUUCAAGAAUCAUCCAUUCUUCCAUGGGAUUGACUGGGAGAACCUCACCAACAUGGCUCCUCCAUACCAACCUGAGUUUUCAUCACCUACAGAUACAUCCAACUUUGAUGUGGAUGAUAUGGAUCUUAAACCCGCAUCCUCGGAGACACAACCACCACCUCCAAGAUCUGCUCAUUCAGCGUUCAGUGCGAAUCAUCUUCCGUUUAUCGGAUUCACAUUUACGUUAAACUCUGUGUUGUCGGAUUCUGGAAGUAGUCGAUUGUCGAGUCUAGUCAACCAACCAGCAAUCACCAGUGAUAACAACGUUGAUAAAGCUGGUGGUGAUCAUAACCACGUAUAUGAACGUCGUGUGCAGAGGUUGGAACAAGAAAAAGCUCAACUGGAGAAAAAACUUCAAGAAUCUGUGAACCACACACAGGCUAGUAACAAUUGGAAUGACAACUUAGAUGUUGAAGAAAGUAAGAAAUUGCGAGAAGAAAUCAACUUUCUGCAUAAGAAGCUUGCUGUGGCUGAUCAAGAACUUCAAGCUGCUGAUGUUUUAAGAAAAGAUCUCGAAGACGUCCACCAAAAGUUAAAAGCUCUUGAGCGAACCAACCGUCAUUUAAAGCAAGAUAAAGAUGAAAUACAUCGAGAUUUUGUUGAAUCGCGCGACAGAGCAAAAGAACAAACGCGACAGUUACGCGACGCACAUGCACAACGAAGACUUGCUAUGGAGGAAUUCACUGAUAUUAACGACAGGUUAACGGAGGUUCAGUCCCAGAAGAACAAACUAGCGAGGCAACUUCGUGAAAAAGAAGAAGAAGUCGAUCUCAUCGGGAACAAACUUGAUCAACUUAGACAAGAUCUCAGGAAGACAGAAAAAUCCAAAAAAAAUUUUGAAGAAGAAAGUGAGAAAUAUAAAGACGACCUCGCUAAACAAACCAAACUACGAUUAUCAGUUAGUGAAAGAUUGAAACAAACGGAGGAAGAAGUUGCUUUGCUGAGGAGGAAGGAUGCCAUAGAUGUUGAUGGCAGAGUGAACAUGAAUAAUUCAACUUACAAUCAAAAUGAGGAAGAAAUUGAAAGGUUGCAGAAAGAGUUGGAACAAAUUGAGGCUGAUCAUCGAUUGGAAAUAUCAAAGCGUGAAUCACUUCAUAUCACGGAGGUGAAAAAUCUGAAGCAGGAAUCCCGUGAAUCUGAAUCACAAAAUAUAUCGCUACAACGUGAGAUCAUGAUAUUGAAGGAUAAAGUGGACAAAGUUAGACGGGAAAGCAACCAGGAACUACAAGACACAUUAAAGGAGACGCGACAGAAGCACGAGCGACAAACCAAGAUUUUAUCGGACAACAACACGGCCCUGCAGUCGGAGAUAGAGAGGGUAAGUGCGGAGAUGGAACGUUUGAACCAACAUAACAGGACUUUGGAAGAAGAAGUGAGAGAAGCGAAAGAAAGGAAGGAAUCAAUCAAACAAUGGGAGGCUCAAGUUGCCGAGAUCAUUCAAUGGGUUUCUGAUGAAAAAGAUGCGCGUGGUUAUCUACAAGCAUUGGCUGGUAAGAUGACGGAUGAAAUGGACAACUUGAAGAGUGCAAGCGCUCGUACGAACACUAUGGAUAAGUGGCAAACACAGCGCCGACAGAAAGUUGACAGACAAGCCAUAUUAGAACUGCAAUCAAACUUACAAUCUGAGAUCCAAGCGAAGCAAAAUAUAUCGGAGCAAUUGACAAGGGCUACUGAGAGUUCAAUCGUUUCGGAAAAGAGACUCCAGGAUGCUUUAUCAAGGAUUGCCGAGCUUGAAAUGGAAAAAGAAAAAAUGGAAGAACAAUUACUUGAUGCUCAGAAACGAACCAUCCCUGGUGACCAAGCACUUUCCCUCUUCCCCCCACACUGGGCUGAACUAGACGAGGAUGAUCGUUCCUUCAUGACCGACACCCCUCGUUCGCCAGCCACUGAUGAAUCGAGGUCACUUGGCUCUUCCGAGGUUGCUCUUCCUACAAAGAGAUAUCAGGAUCCUGACAAGGAUGAAUGUUCAUCAUUAUCAACUCAUAUAAGUGAAGCUUCUCAUAAACCUAACGCUCAUCGAUUUGUUGUGAAAACUUUUUCAUCACCGAUGAAAUGCAACCAUUGUUCAUCGCUAAUGGUUGGUUUGAUCCGACAAGGAACAACAUGCGAUGUGUGUUCGUUCUCCUGUCAUGUGGCGUGUGCACAGAAAGCACCGGCAGUUUGUCCCAUACCCCCUGACCAAGCCAAGCGACCAACAGGUAUUGAUCCACACAGAGGGAUCGGCACCGCAUACGAGGGCUAUGUAAAAAUUCCAAAACCAAUGGGAGUACGUAAGGGUUGGAUCAAACAACUGGCAGUGGUUUGUGAUUUUAAGUUGUUCUUGUACGACAUGAGCGAUGGGGGUCGAGGCGUAACGAGUCAACCCAGCGUUAUCGCAAGUCAGGUGAUUGACAUGCGUGAUGAGCAGUUUGCGGUGGUUCCUGUCACUGCAGUAGAUGUUAUUCACGCAACUAAGAAAGAGCUACCUUGUAUAUUUCGGGUUGUAGCAUCGUGCAUGCAUCGACCAGUAUUAAGAUCACAAGUCCUUCUACUUGCUGAAUCAGAAACAGCCAAAAGCAAAUGGGUUGGCGCGUUAAGUGAAGUUUUAAGAAUUCUACGCAAACACCAACUUCGAGACAAAUCGAUAUACCGCCCUCUUGAGACGUACGAUCCCACCCUCCCUAUGAUCAAAUCAUCAAUGAGUGCAUCGGUUAUUGAUCAAGACAGGGUAGCCCUUGGUACAGAAGAAGGCUUGUAUGUGUUGGAGUUCAGGACAGAUGAAAUCGUAAAAGUUGGCGACGCCAAAAAGAUCUACGCGAUCGAAGUGAUUCCCCAGGAAGACAUGAUUGCCGUUAUAUCCGGAAGGAACCGGCAUAUUCGUCUUCAUUCGUUAUCCUCGUUGGAAGGGGGAGAUGGGGAAGCAAUAAAGAUCGAGGAAAGCAAGGGGUGUAACGCGGUUACAAGCGGUCCGUUCAGACAAGGAUCAACAACUUGUUUGUGUGUUGCUAUUAAGAAACAUGUGUUUGUGUACGAGAUGAACAACACUAAACUACGUCACAAACGAAUCCGAGACAUCAUGUUACCGAGUCCUGCUCAAUGGUUAUGCGUGAUGAACGAACGGUUAUGUGCGGGUUAUGUGUCGGGGUUCGCUCUCUUCAGUAUACAAGGAAAUGGAAAACCAAUUCCACUUAUGUAUUAUGAUGAUGGUUCCCUUGCAUUCUUAUACCAACCACCAGUUGAUGCAUUGUGUGCUGUGGAUGUUUCUACCAAGGAAUGUUUACUAUGUUUUGCAACAUGCGGUGUAUAUGUAACAUGGGAUGGUAGAAGAUCACGUCAACAAGAACUAAUGUGGCCGGCACCACCAACUGCUAUUGUUUACAAUCGCCCAUAUUUGGUUGUGUAUUCGGAAAACGCGAUUGACAUAUUUGACCCGGCGUCUAUGGAGUGGUUACAAACAAUCCCACUGAAGAAAGUUCGACCUUUAUCCACUGAUGGUUCGCUUAACCUUGCAUGCUCCAUGGAACCUCCUAAGCUUGUUCAUCUCAAGAAUAAAUACGAUGAAGGAGAUGAGAUCAUUCUACCCGAGUUAUUAUCGGUUGGUAGACGACAACUUAUCAGGAAGAACAAGAGGAGAUUGUUGUUCAAAGUUCCUCCAGAAGAACAUAGGAGUAACCUACGCACUGAGUUAUUAAAGAACCCCGAAAGACGUCGUGAAUUAAUCUCGGCCCCCCAUAAUUUCAACCACGUUGCACACAUGGGACCUGGAGAUGGAAUUCAAAUCCUUAAAGAUCUUCCAGUUCCGGCCGCUCCACAAUCACACAGCCACGACCUGAUAUCCUCCCCGUCCAAUUUCAACCAUGUUUAUCACUUGGGGGCUGACGCACAGCGUGAAAUAACGAAAGAUAAACGGGAGAUUGUUCGUGGAAGUCAAAGUUUUCAUCAAGAAACUAAAGUUAACCAGAUGUUUCAACAAUCUUCUGCAAGUGUUCAACAAUCACAGUCAUUGAGAAGCACGCGUCAAACCAAGUCGAACCAAGCGUCCGUAACAACUUCCCCCGAAAGGAGUUAUUCCCAUCGUUACAACUACCAUCACCACCACGGGGAGUUUGAUAGAGAGGAUUCAGACUCAAGAAUAUCAACAGCUUCGAACAAAAGUUCCGACAUGAGUUCCCCACCAAGUCCCGGUUACCACAGCAAAGUUACGUUGGAUUCAGAAUCUGGAUCGUGGGAAGCUUAAACGCCACACUCAGUAUCUUAUUCAUAUAAAUGCAUGGCAGGUUUUAUUGUAUAUUCAUAUAUACUGAGCACUUAACCCUCAAUGCAAAAGUAGCAAUAUAGUAGGGUGGGGGGAGAUGGGACAACUUUGAUUAUAUUUUCUCGUAAAAGUGUUCCAUCUUACCCCACAUGCUAUAACUCUAAAGCUGCUUAGAGCAGGUCACAGGUUUGCCAAAUAUAUCAACACAUUCGACACCAGAGAUAUUUACGUCACUUUUGUAGUUUGCGUGAUUGAGUUUUUGCUCCGAUAGUUGCAGACUUUUAGUUUGCACUACCUGUUUGUUACUGGAUGGUUCAUAUUUCAUGCACGGUGCUCAUUUCUUUUUAUCUUGUUCAUUUUCCUGUCAGACAAAUUCAGUAUUGUUACUGCACAGAUCCCAGCAUAGCAGCUUGGUGGCGUGCUUGCUUACAUAUUAUUUCAAUUUGAACUAAAUCGGGUUGCAAUCAAAAACUUUCUGUACAUUUUUAUCACUUAAAUCAUAAACCUUGUGGUAAAAAGUUUUCCUUCCUUUUUUAAAUAGUGAAAAACACAGACCUAGAAAUAAUUUGCACGAAAUGUUAAAACAAAAAUUCACAAAAGUAGCAAAAUAGGGUUGUAACGUGAACUAUUAAAACAAGUUCUUCAAAAUAUAAUUAUGUUUCGUAAUUUCAGUUUCUUUUACGUGUACCAUGUAAACACGCUUCUAACAUUUUUUGUAUUUGCUUUUUUCUCCGUUUUUCUCUCGUGGCAGAAUGUUGCGUACUGUAUAUUAGCUCCCAUGAAAUAACUGCAGUGCCUCCCAUAACAUUAACUAUUGUACGUUCUAUCUUGCUUACUAAUUGGUUGAUAAUUCCCACACAAACACACACAUAUAUAAAUUGGUUAAAUGCUUACAACAAUACAUACACCGUGCAUAUCGCGUGGAACAUUCAAAAAAA